AUGGCUGGUGGAGGAGAGCAGAGCCUUCACGGCGGCGAGUAUCGCCAACACUUGCCAGACCUGAGCAUACCUCGCUUCACGACGAUGCAGAAGCAGGAUGCUCACGUCUACGCGAAAGAGUUCGAAGAGGGUGGUAACCCGCCAUGGCUACACGCUCUGUAUCUGCACUGGCGAAAGCUGUUCAAGGAGCCAUACACUGGCAUCACGACAGAUGGCACCGUAAAAAGAGAUCUCUUCCAACUAGCCGACGAGGGCAUCCCGAUCCAGGACAUCGUAGACGCCACCAACGCCGUUCUCUCCCAAUUAGACGCCAAACAGAAGGACACCCUCUCCUACCACGUUGACUCGCCAGAGUGGCGCUCCUGGUCGAACCCCGAGUUCCUCCUCAGCGACAAGGGCCUCCGCCUCGACGAGCUAACGCCGCAGCUCCGGGAGAGCAUCCUCAAGGUUCUGGAGGCGACCCUGUCGCCCGAAGGUUACGCCAAGGCCUUGGGUGCCAUGCGCAUCAACGGCUUCCUCGGCGAGCUCGUCAAGGCGCCCAGCAUCUGCAACGAGUACUCCUACAACUUUGUGCUCUUCGGCACGCCCUCGGCGACGCGGCCGUGGGGGUACUCGUUCUACGGCCACCACCUGUGUCUCAACAUCUUUCUAUAUAAGGGCCAGAUCGUGGCGUCGCCCUGGUUCACCGGCGCGGAGCCGAACCUUAUUGAUGACGGCCCGUACAAAGGGACGAGAAUCCUGGAGACGGAGGAGAGGCUUGGGUUGCAGCUGAUGCAGUCCCUCCCGGCCAAUCUGCAACAAAAGGCGCAAACGUAUAAGCUGCUGAAGGAUCCAGCGAUGCCGAAGGGGAGGUGGAACCAUGACGACCAGAGGCAUCUGUGUGGCGCCUACCGAGACAACCGGAUCGUGCCGUACGAGGGUAUUCUGGUGGCGGACAUGACGGCGGAGCAGCAGGAGCUGGUGGUUGGUAUUCUCGAGCAGUACCUCCUCUACUUGCCGAAGAAGGCCCGGGAUAUUCGCAUCAAUCACGCAAAGUCGUUCUUCAAGGAGACGUACUUCAGUUGGAUUGGUGGUUAUGGCGACCAAGACCCGUUCUACUACCGCGUUCAGAGCCCAGUCAUCCUCGUGGAAUUCGACCACCAUUCUGGAGUUUUCCUGACGAACAAGGAGCCGGCCAAGUUUCAUAUUCACACGCUACUCCGAACUCCUAAUGCUGGUGACUAUGGCAUGGCGCUUCGACCGUUGAUUCCAGGGGUUGAGCAGGACUUUGUAUGGGAAGGGUAA